AGGAAACUUAAACGAAAAAAAAUCGGGCCCCUCCGGGAUUUGAACCCGGGACCUCCUGCACCCAAAGCAGGAAUCAUACCCCUAGACCAAGAGGCCUGAUGACCAUUUCUUAUCAAGAAAGAUAGAUCCAUUACAUGUUUCAGUGCCAUCGUUGCGGCGAAACCGGUAAACGUUGACGAGGACAUGGUCCAGGAGUUUGCAGCCAGGACCGCCAAGUGGUGAUCGUUCGCUCUCUCGCGCGAAUCGCGAAACGGAACAGUAGGCGACGGUGUUUCUUGUGGUGACUCGAUGCGUACGAUGUGCUACAGGGUGUAAAAAAGGCUACAUUGCGUCACGCCCAGGACCAUCUAUGGGCCGUAAACGGUGGAGGCAAGGAGGCUUGGUGGAGCUGCUAGUGCUCUGUAUUUUCCGUCACACCGUUCUGGCUGACGGCGACGUCGGAUGCCUAUUCAGCGAGGAUAUAUGUGAUCCUGAGACGGAAAAAUGUUUUAAUGAUUUGGCAUUCGGAAAAUGUAUACCUCGAUAUACGAAUUUAGAGAACGACGAUUUAUAUCAAUAUAAUCUUGAUAGCGGUGAACUGGAACUGCUACAAUCGGUGAGACUACAAUUAAUGAAACUGGAAUCUGACGGAUAUAAAUGGAAACAUCCUUUUACACAAUGUAUUGUGCAAACCUUAUUGCAUAAUCUGCGAUAUGGACAAAGUAAUUCUCGUGAUUUUCAUCUCUGUGAAUACUUGAAAAACCCACAUCUCAAUGAACAAGAUGUACUUAUUGAUGAGUUGGUUCCAGCGAUUGCUAUACUAAGAAUAUCUACGGACAACAAAAAUCCUGAAAGUAAUUUAGCUGAUGUUUUGUAUCGCCCUACUGGCAUUGAAGACAAAAGAGAAAGAGAAUCUGAAUAUACGAAAUGGCGUAGCGGGAGCGAUCAGGCUUCAAUUAAUGAAGAGAAAUACGACAACGAAUAUGGAAAAUCACUGAACGAUGUGCGCGAACAAUUUUAUCCACCCAGAACACGUCGAUUCAGCUUUACCGACGAUUAUAAAAAUUAUGUUACUGAAUCACUUGAAAAUACUUUUAGAGACGGAACAUUGUCCGAGGAUGACGAAAAUGUUUAUGACACGCAACUUUUGUCUGCUGAUGACUUUGAAUUCUUACAGAAUGAAAAGUCACCAGAUUACAUGUUGUUAGAGUCUUCCUCUGACGACGAGACAAAUGAAAAGGCAUAUGAAAGGGCAUUCUCCAGAAAGUAUAAGCAUAGAAAAAAACCACUGCGCCUCGAAUUUUCCGAUGUUGAUGCAAAAAGGACGGUAAUCAAACACGGUGAGGAUUUUAACCAGGAGAAUGAUAAAAUCAAUGAAGAAAAUGCAUCAGAAAUCGAGAGAUUCGACGGGAAUACUGAGAAAAUACGCGAGAUGUAUACCGAGGGUGGAAUCGUGCGGCCAACGAAACAUAAAAUUACAUCCGACGCAAGUGGAAUUGCAUACGAUGAGAUGUACGACGACGAUGACUUAGACGAACUUUUAUGGAGACGAGAGUUGGCUGGUUUUAAACGCAGGGAACGCUUAGACGUUAAAAAACCAGGGCCGCUAUUUUCGACAAAUAAUUACGCAUUUAAAACUCAAUCUCCAGCUCCCCUCAUUAACAAAGAUUACUCCGAGACAGACGAUCAGGACAAUAAUCAAAUAUAUACAUCAUUUACUAAAAAGGAAUUACGCGGUAAUACGAAUGAUGAUCGGUCAGAAAUUUACAAGAAUGUCGAUUUAGAUUCUGUCUACAUAGAAUUUGAGCAAGAGUUUCAUACAUGGCUUGAAGGAGCACACGUCGUUUCUAAGGUUGAAGAACUUUUGGGAUUGCCUGACGGAACAUUAAAAAAUAUACGAGUGGGUCGUGCAGAAGUAACAUUCAAAGUUGUUCAAAAUGAUAAAAACUACAAUGCAACUGACAUCGUUAACAGCAUCGGUAACAUACGUGGUAAAUUACGAAAUGCUCUAGGAAUUGAAAUUAUUCGAGCGGGUAUAGGCGAUAAGGCUAAACUACCAGCUACUUUGGAGGUAGCCAGAAAAAGCGAGAUGAGUUCUACUUUUUUCGGUGCGUUGGUAGCUGCUGGAGUUGCAGCUGCGAUCGCAGCUGCAGUAGUUACACUAAUAAUUGCACGUCGACACGCUAAAUAUCGAGCGAAGCUUGCCGGAUUGGCCACUCCGGAUCCAGAAGCAUCCAAGGAUUAUCAAGAUCUAUGUAGAGCACGAAUGCAGGCGAAACAACCGAGCGAGAAAUUAGAGUCACCACGUAUUACAAGCUUAUCGCGCGAAAACGAAUCCAAUAAUUUGCCCUCCAACCGCUCCAGCACAUCCUCCUGGGGCGAGGAACCUACUCUCUCUAACAUGGACAUAUCGACCGGUCAUAUGGUUCUUAGUUAUAUGGAGGAUCAUCUGAAAAACAAGGAUCGCCUGGAUCAAGAAUGGGCGGCAUUGUGUGCCUACGAAGCCGAACCAUCAUCCACAGAGAUCGCGGAGAGUGAGGCGAAUGUCAAGCAGAAUCGUCUUAACGCGGCACUUCCUUAUGAUCACUCUCGAGUAGUCCUGAAUGAUCUUGCAAACGCAAAUAGUUCCGACUACAUAAAUGCUUCCACGAUCAAGUCGACGGAUCAUGAUCCUCGAAAUCCGGCUUACAUAGCCACGCAAGGGCCGUUACCGCAAACCACGGCUGAUUUCUGGCAAUUGGUUUGGGAACAAGGUAGCGUGGUGAUUGUAAUGCUAACGCGACUUACCGAGGAAGGCCGUGCCAUGUGCCAUCGUUAUUGGCCCGAAGAAGGAUCAGAGCUCUAUCACAUAUACGAGGUACAUCUGGUGUCGGAGCACUUUUGGUGUGAUGAUUAUUUAGUGCGCUCCUUUUAUCUGAAAAAUUUGCGCACUUGUGAGACCCGUACUGUUACGCAAUUCCAUUUCCUCUCUUGGCCGGAAAACAGCGUUCCAUAUUCCACAAAGGCUCUGCUCGAGUUUCGUAGAAAAGUUAAUAAAUCGUACCGUGGAAGAUCAUGUCCGAUAGUUGUGCAUUGCAGUGAUGGAGCUGGUCGAACUGGUACUUAUUGCUUGAUCGACAUGGUUUUAAAUCGUAUGACAAAGGGAGCGAAAGAAAUUGAUAUCGCUGCUACUCUCGAACAUAUUAGAGAUCAAAGGCCUGACAUGGUUGCUACGAAACAACAAUUUGAGUUUGUUUUGAUGGCAGUGGCGGAAGAAGUGCAUGCGAUUCUCAAAGCUUUACCCGUAUCGUCAAAUGAGAAAUCCGUUACGGCUGCCGGAUCUUCACCACCUACAAAAUCGGAGCAGUAAACAUAAAACUGCAACAUAAAUUUAAUCCUAAACGGUAUAAAAGUGACCUGACUCCUUUUUAAUUCCUAGUAACUUUAGUAAAAAAUUCGUUAUUUCUUCAUGUUCACAAACCUUGAUAAAAACUCAAAGAUUUAAUUUUUUUUUUGCAAAGCUAUUUUUGGAAAUUCUAUUCAUGAUUUAAUAUUAUUGUGAUAAGAAGUUUAAUUGUAUAAUUAUUCAUAUUUAUCAGCUAUUUUAUACACUUCAGGAUUAAAAUAAUCAUGAUCGAGAGGCGAACAAGGAUAAAAGAUAACUAUUCUAUUGAUUUCGAUGUGUCAUGAAAAUGCUAAAUACUUUUACUAGCUGUUUACUAUGAUCCUACUGAAACCAAGAAUCAAUCAUUCAGUUUUUUCAUUGAAAUUUUCUACACGCUCAGUACUUCCUAUUGACGCACCGUCCUAUGAUUAAUUUUAUCAAUCACGUCUUUUUUUUCUACUCUAAUUGCAGUUUUUCAACAUGUGAAAAAAAGAUGAGCGACUUAAAUUCCUACAAUAAGAAAUAUAACACGAUAUGACACGAUCAAAGAGAAGUAUUAAUUUAAAUACAGUUUUAAUUUAAAUAGAAUAUGUAAAGAGAAAAAAGUAAACGAUAUUUGUGUGUGUUAAAAUAACUUUAAAUAUACAUAUAAUACGUGGUGCAAGAUCUUUAAAUUUUUUUUCUACUGUUAUGUAUAAGACAUUGUUUUAUCACAUCAAUUAAUGACAUAACGUCCCUUUCCACUCAUGCAAACGUCUACUCAAGGCCUAUUUUAAAGAUUUAAACAUUUUGAAGUAUUUGUAGACAACAGACGGAUAGACACGAUUAGGUAUACUCGAGGCGUAUGCAAUAUUUUUAUCAACAUUGAAUGAUUAGUAUACUGUUCGAUCGAUCGGUGAUGGAACAUUUUUAUAUACUAUACUAAUAGAGUCUAAGUACUUUGAUUUUUUUAUCGUUAAAUGCGAUCAUUUGAAAUCAAAGUUUUAUUUGUGAUAUAAAGAUUAUAUUUAGUAUUUAUCAUGAACUGACGAUUAAAUUGACUGUGUUUAACAUCAAAUAUGUGAUAUGAAUAUCAAACUAGGAUUUUUAUUGUCUACCAUGGAUAAAAUGUAUUAUUUUUUGUAUUGUUUUGUGUAGAAAUAUAAAUUAUGAAAUAUUUACAUAUAAAAUCAUCCGUCUAUCGAAAAUUAUAUUGGAUUUUCAUACUUUAUUAGAAAUGUAUUACACAUACACACACACACGCGCGCGCGCGCGCGCAUCUUUUCACUCUUAAAUCUAUAUAUAACCAUAAUUAUUUAAAAUUAUUUAUAAUAUAAAACACUUUUAAGAGAAAAACAAUACAACAAAAAUUGUAUUAUAAAAUAUUUGCAAAAAAGACAAAAGAUUUUAUGUGUACAUAUAGAGAUUAUUCUAAUUAAAUUAUAUUAAUUCUUACGCGCGUGUCUUCCGAUAAACGUGCUUUAAAAUAGCUUUAAAGGAAUGAAUGAAUUUUUCAAUCUCGAAUUCAAUAAAUAGUAAUCAAUGUAAAUCAAUCAGCUGAGUCAAUUGCAUGAUACCAAAAUACGUAUAUAACAAAAUGUAAGCAUAAAUUUAGUUUAAUGAAGUGCGCUACAGUUUCAGAAGUUUUUUUUUAUUUCCUUCAUUAAAAAAUUCUUAAUUCAAUAUAUUUUAUAAUAAAUUGAAUUAUUCGUAAAGAUAUGAAGUAUAAUGUUUUGUUAUAUACUACAGAAUUAUAUAUUAUAUAUUUCAAGUACGUGAAUGAUCGAUCGGACAGCCGAAAAGGAUUACGUCUAUUUACAAAAAAGAAAAAACGCCGCGUACAUUGUACUACGAAAUAAUCGUUAAUUACUGUUUGGUUUUUCAGAAUUGCUAAAAAAAUUGGUAUUGUGAUUUGAUGUUAAAAUAUUGUGUGUACGUGCGAUGAUUUUGUUGGAAAAUUUAUAUAGCUUGAUAAUGCAGAAUAUGAACUUAAAUGUAUAUGUUGAUAGACAUUAUAUAUUUUGUUUCGCGAUUAAAAAAUACAAUACACUGAUAAA